CAAACCAUGACGACCAGUAGGUUCUUAGCCAUCGUCUGCACCGUGGCCGUGCUGCUGCUCGGUGCCUCCGGCGAGCAAUGCGGGGUUCAGAACGACGGUGCUCUGUGCCCUAACGGUCUCUGCUGCAGCGCGUACGGCUGGUGCGGCAACGUGGCGGCUUACUGCUGCAAUGAUUGUCAGAGCCAAUGCAACUGCUCCUCCCCUUCACCUCCAACGCCCACCCCUCCAUCUCCUGGCGGCGGGGUGGCAGACAUCAUCAAUGCCACCCUGUUCGAAGAAAUGCUGAAGAAUAGAGACAACGAUGGCUGCCCUGCAAAGGGUUUCUACACAUACAACUCCUUCACUGGAUUCGGGACGACCGGUUACAUGGAGACCCGGAAGCGGGAGAUUGCUGCCUUCCUGGCCCAGACUUCUCAAGAGACUACUGGUUGGUGGGCAGGCCAGCCAUAUGCUUGGGGUUAUUGCUUCAAAGAAGAAAAAUAUCCCCCUUCUAAUUACUGCGUCUACAGCAAUGUAUGGCCGUGCGUCAAGGGACAAAGUUACCACGGCCGUGGUCCGAUUCAACUCAGCUACAAUUACAAUUAUGGCCCUGCCGGGGAAGCUCUAGGGUUGGACCUCCUCAGCAACGCAGACUUGGUCGCUAAUGACACAUUGGUCUCCUUUAAAACGGCCAUUUGGUUCUGGAUGACCCCGCAGUAUAAUAAACCCUCGGCACAUGAUGUGAUAAUUGGGCUAUGGAACCCGUCUGCUAACGAUCUAAUGGCUGGAAGACUUCCCGGGUACGGUGUCAUCACCAAUAUCAUUAAUGGAGGCAUUGAGUGCGGGAACGGUUUCAAUCUAGCGUGUUUCAACCGUAUUCAAUACUAUAAGAGUGCGUUUGGUUCGGAAUUAUUCUUGAUAAUUUUGGUUAUCCAUCCAAGGUUAUCAACAAAAAUCUUGUUUGGUUUAGGUAUUCGAUGAUUCCCAAGUAAUAUUU